AUGUUGUUGCUGGUGGACUGCUCUAGCUGUCGUACGCCGCUUCACCUCCCUCCCGGAGCCACCCGAAUCCGCUGCGCCCUUUGCCAAGCCUUUACUCUCAUCGCUCCCGACCACCGUCUCCAGUCCCACGCGCCGCCGAGCCCUCUUCCUUUCCCCAACUCAUCUACGUUUCCGGCGCCGUCCCAUUCAAUCUACCCGCCGCAGACACCGUCUCAUUCAGUCUACCCGCCGCCGGUACCGUCCCAUUCAAUCUACCCGCCACCGGCACCGUCACCGUUCAGUCACGCGCCGCCGGCACCGUCUCCUUUCGUAUACCCGCCGCAGACACCGUCUCCGUUCAGUCAUUCGGCUCCGGCACAGUCUCCGUUCCAUCUUGCUCCGUCGGCUCCGUCUCCGUUCAACCAUUCGCCGCCGGGACCUUCUCCGUUCAAUCACGCGCCGCCAGGUCCUCCACCGGCGGUACACGGAUCGAAGCGAGCGGUGAUCAUAGGGGUUUCGUAUAAGAAUACAAAGGACGAAUUGAAAGGAUGUAUCAACGACGCAAACUGCAUGAAGUUCAUGUUGAUGAAGCGUUUCCACUUCCCGGAAUCUUGCAUUCUUAUGCUCACCGAAGAAGAAAAGGAUCCAUCGAGAUGGCCAACGAAGAACAACAUAAAAAUGGCCAUGCAUUGGCUAGUUUUAGGCUGCAAAGCGGGGGAUUCCCUUGUUUUCCAUUUCUCCGGUCAUGGCAACAACCAGAUUGACCACAACGGUGACGAGGUCGAUGGUUUCGACGAGACUCUUCUCCCAGUGGACCACGCGACCUCAGGUGUCAUCGUAGACGACGAGAUCAAUGCUACAAUCGUACGGCCUCUCCCUUAUGGAGCCAAACUCCAUGCCAUCGUCGACGCUUGUCAUAGUGGUACCGUCUUGGACCUGCCCUAUCUUUGUAGAAUGGACAGACUCGGAAAAUAUGAUUGGGAAGACCAUCGGCCUCAAUCAGGGAUGUGGAAAGGUACGGGUGGCGGUGAAGUCUUCUCCUUCACGGGCUGCGACGAUGACCAGACCUCGGCUGACACUCCGCAAUUGUCAGGGAGUGCGUGGACGGGGGCAAUGACGUAUGCAUUCAUUCAAGCAAUAGAACGUGGCCACGGGACGACUUAUGGGAGCUUACUGAGUGCGAUGCGAUCAACGGUUCACGAGAUCUUGGACAAGAACAAAGGUAGAAAGCUUGUGGAAAUGGGAGGCGCUGAUCUUCUCACUACUCUUCUUGGUUUGCUCAUCUUAGGCGCUGCUCCCACUGAGGACAAUGAGGAAGCAAACCAAGCCCCGCAAAAAACUCAGGAACCACAGUUGAGUGCUAACGAGGCAUUUGCUGUGUAUGGGAAGCCCUUCUCUUUAUAA